AUGAAGGCUUUAAUGUCACUGGUGGGAAGCCAGGGCAUUAUCUCAGUUAUUGAGAUCCUUAUUGCCUCUGCUGUCUUCUAUCUGACAUUAAUCGUCAUCAGAUCCUUUCGGAAGCAGAUCCCCAAGGGGCUGAAGAAGCUCCCAGGACCAAGGGGUUACCCCUUGAUAGGCAACGUGCUGGAGCUGGGGAGCAAUCCACACUUGACCUUGACUCAGAUGAGCCAGACCUACGGAGAUGUGAUGCAGAUACAGAUCGGCACCAGACCUGUGCUGGUGCUGAGUGGGUUGGACACCAUCAAACAAGCCCUGGUGAAGCAAGGGGAGGACUUCAUGGGGCGCCCUAAUCUCUACAGCUUUCGCAAUGUUGCAGAUGGCCAGAGCUUGACCUUCAGCACUGAUUCAGGGGAGGUGUGGAAAGCUCGCAGGAAGUUGGCCCAGAAUGCCCUGAAGACCUUCUCUCUCUCACUCAGCCCCAACUCUUCAUCCACCUGCCUCCUCGAGGAGCAUGUCUCCAAAGAAGCUGACUACCUAGUAAAAAAGUUUCUGCAACUGAUGGAGGAGAAGAAGAGGUUUGACCACUAUCGGUACAUGGUGGUCUCUGUGGCCAAUGUCAUCUAUGCCAUGUGCUUUGGCAAGCGUUACGACCAUGAUGACCAGGAGCUGCUCAGCAUAGUGAAUGUGAUGGAUGAAUUUGGGGAUGUGGCUGCCUCUGGCAAUGCAGCGGAUUUCAUCCCAGUGCUCCAGUAUCUCCCCAACAGCACCAUGAAGAAAUUUAUGGAAUUCAACAAAAGGUUCCUCAAGCUCCUGCAGGACGUUGUCAAAGAGCACUACGAGAGCUUUGAGAAGGACAACAUUCGAGACAUCAUGGACUCCUUGAUUGAGCAAAGUCAGGAGAAUAAAGUGGAAGCCAAUGCCAACAUUCAGCUCCCGAAGGAAAAAAUUGUCAACCUGGUCAAUGACCUCUUUGGAGCCGGUUUUGACACUGUGACAACAGCUUUGUCCUGGAGCCUUAUGUAUCUUGUGACUUAUCCAGACAUUCAGAAGAAGAUUCAGGAAGAAUUAGAUCAGAGCAUUGGCAGAGAGAGGAGACCCAGACUCUCAGACCGCCCCAUCCUCCCUUACACAGAAGCUUUCAUCUUAGAGAUGUUCAGACAUUCCUCCUUCCUGCCCUUCACCAUUCCUCACUGCACAACAAGAGACACAGUACUGAAUGGCUACUAUAUCCCGAAGGACUUCUGUGUGUUUGUCAACCAAUGGCAAGUCAAUCAUGAUGAGAAGCUUUGGAAAGAACCAUCUAAGUUUAACCCAGAGCGCUUCCUCCAUGCCGGAGGGACUGAAGUAAACAAGGCAGAUGGUGAGAAGGUGCUGAUCUUUGGCCUGGGGAAGAGGAGGUGCAUUGGUGAGACCAUUGCCAGAUGGGAGGUCUUCCUCUUCCUGACUACUCUGCUGCAGCAGCUGGAGUUCAGCGUCUCUGAUGGAAAGAAGGUGGACAUGACACCCGUGUAUGGCCUGUUAAUGAAGCACAAAAGGUGUGAGCACUUCCAGGUUAAGCAGCGCUUCCCAAUCCAGAGUUCAGAGUGA